AUGGUUCUCGUGGGGGCCCCCAGAGGGCCCCCCAGUGGGGCCCCCUCUAGGGCCCCUUCUGAGGCCCCCGGCGGGCACCUUCCUGGGGCCCCCUCUGGGGCCCCUUCUGGGGCCCCCUGUGAGGCCGCCCCUGGGGCCCCCUGUAAGGAUCCCCCUGGGGCUCCAUGUGGGGCCCCCUCUGGGGCCCCCUGCGGGCCCUCCACUGGUACCCCGUCUGGGGCUCCAGAAGGGGCCCCCUCUGGAGCCCCCUGUGGGGCCCCACCGGGGGCCAUGGGGACCCUUUGCAGCGUUUAUAGGGGGGCCCCCGGAGAUCCCGCUGCUGAGGCUGACUGGGCUUUAGGGGCCCACGGGGGGCCCCCUCUGGUGUCUCUAGACAGGGUUUGCUGUACAGGGAGCAUAAAGGCUGUGGAGGUCUCCGAUUGCAAUACCCUCUUAUUUGCUGCUAUAGCGAACACUAUUAGGGUCUACCCGCUGCAGCAGGGGCCCCCCCUCUGCAGAAGGGGGCCCCCACCUUUCCCUUGGCUUCCUCAGACACAGGAGCAGGAGGAAGAGCAUCUAGGGGCCCCUGUGCUGCAGGAGGCUCCCGUGCUGCAGGGGGCCCCCCUUGCUGCAGCUUACUUCAGCCCCAGUGAACACGUGCUGGGCUUGAAAGAAAGAAAGGGUCUCCUCGUUGCCUACGGUACACAGCGUCUUGCGGUGUAUGCGCUACAGUGGAGGGGGCCCCCAGAUGGGGGGCCCUCAACCGAAAGGCCCCCAAGGGGGGGGCCCCUCCUCCAGGGGCCUGGGGGCCCCCAGGGGCCCCCGUAUUGCCCUACACAACAGCGAUUGCUGCUGCAGCAGAUAUUUUUUAUGAAAGACAGAAGCAGAGUACUCACAGCAGAAUUUCUUUUUCUAGGGGCGCCGGAAGGUCUGGCAGCAGCAGCAACAGCAGCAGCAAAAGCAAAAGCAGAAGAGGGAGCAACGCACGCAGCAGCGGCAGCACACGCUGCAUGCGAAGCAGCAGCAACGGCUUCUGCUGCAGCAACAGCAACAGAAACUGCUGCAGCUGCGGCAACAGCAAGCGCAGAAGCGCCAGCAGCACCACCGGAAGCAAGAGAGAUCUGCUGCCUUGGAGCAGCAGCAACAGGACGAGAAGCAGCAACAGGAGGAGCCGUAGCAAGAACAGCAGCAACAGGAGAAUCAGCAGGCUGCUGCCGGGGCGCUUAUCUGUUGGUGUUUCUCUCUAACGGGUUGCUGCGUAUACUGCAUGCAGCCUCUGGGGCUGUGCUGCUGCAGCAGCGCUGCAGCAAGGAGUCUCUACAGCUGCAAGCAGCAGCAGCAACCCCGGCGCUGCUGCUGCCAAGCGGUGAGGCCAAAGGCAACUACCGCUGCUGCUGCAGCAGCAGCAAGAGGAACAGCAGCAGAUGCAGCAGCAGCAGCUGCUGCUGCUGCAAGGUACAGCAGAAGAAGCUGCAGCUGCUUCUUGCAGGGGGCACUGCUUUCUCGGAGGUGUUUGUUUGGCUGCUGCAACUCGAUGCAACGCAGCUGCUGAGGCCACGCCAAACAGCAGCAGCAGCAGCAGCAAGUUCUGCUGCUGCUGCUCCUGUUUCUGCUGCUUCCGUGCUGCUGCUGCAACGCUUGGAAGGGCAUAGAGGGGGCCUCUUUGCUCUCACCUUUGCUGCUGGGGGGGCCCUCUUAGCGUCAGCCUCUGACGAUAGAGAAAUAAGGCUUUGGCUGCGCAGGCCCACAGCAGCAGCAGCAGCAGCAGUAGCAAGAGCAGCAGCAGCAGCAGCAGAAACAGCAGCUGAUCAUCCAAGCUCUACAGCAGCAGCAGCUGCUGCAGGUGUAGGAGAGCUUUUGCAUGCAAUCAGCAGCCAACAGGCAGCAGCUGAGGCUUCUGCUGCUGGGGGGCCCCUUUGUGUUUAUCUGAAUUCGUUUAAAUGCGUCUCCGUCCUUAAAGGACAUAAAUCUCGCAUAUGGUGUCUCUGCUUCCUCAACAUACUGCCACAACUAUAUCUGAACAAGCAGCAGCUGCAGCAGCAGCAAGAGCAGCAGCAGGCUGAUCUGCAGCUGCAGCAGCUGCUGCAGCACCAGGAGCACCAAGAGCAGCAGCUGCAAGAGGAUUUGCUGUUGCAGGACCAGCAGCACCAAGGGCAGCAGCAGGAGCAGCAGGAGCAGUGCCGUUCGAGCAGCAGCAGCAGCUGCUGCUUGUUGGAGUCGCUGCUGAUGCAGGCUUUCUGCUGCAGUUUGCUGCUGCUUUCUGGGGGCGAGGAUGCGACAGUGAGGGUUUGGCGAUUGAGGGGCCCCUGCCUGUACACCAUACAGGCCCACAGAGGACGGGGUGUACGUUCUUUAGCAGCAAAUAAGGGCCUUCUUGCCGCUGCUGCUCCUGCUGCUGCUGCUGCUGCUGCUCCUGUUUUUAUUUCAGGAGGAGAAGACGGCUGCUGCAAGGUUUGGCCUCUCGAGGCCUUGCAGACAUUGAGGGGGGCCCUACUGCAGCACCUCAGCAGCAGCAGCAAACAGCUGCUGCUGAUGCUUCAAGCAAUGCAGACGCACGGUCGUGUAGAUGCGGCUGCCCCAUCGCUCACAGCAGCAGCUGCAGCAGCAGCAGCAGCAAGUCCUGCUGCUGCUGCUGCUACUGUUGCCAAAGGAACACCAACAACAGGCACACAGGCUCCCACGAAGGAGACACUGUCUCCUUUUCAGCAAGCGCUGCCGCAACGUCAGCCAGACCAGCUGCAGCAGCAGCUGCUGCCGCACAGCCGGCCCAAACAGCAGCGGCAGCAGCAGCAGCAACAGCAGCAGAAAGGGAUGCAAGGGACGCUGGAUAAGGGACAAGGUGCCAUGACCAGUACAGGUUUGAAGAGCUGGACGUGGAGUUGUCGUGUUGCAGCAGCAGCAACAGCAACAGCAGCAACAGGAGAAGAGACAGCUGAAACAGCAGCGGCAACAAGCCCUGCUGCUGCUGCGGUUGCGGCCGGGGCCUCUGAAGCUGCUGAAGAAGCAGCAGCAAACUCACCAACUGCUGCUGAUACCUCACCAAGUACUGCAGCCGCACCAGGAGAAGGAGCAGCAGCAACAGCAAAAGCAGCAGCAGAAGCAGCAGCAGCAGGAAUCUGCAGAGGUGCAUGCGGCUGGCUAGGAGGCAGCAGCAAGGACUUCAUCCGCGAGGUAUUCUUCUGCUGCUGCGAGGAGACAAAAGGAGACAACUUAAUCAUCUCCACAAACUAUGGACACGUCUACCUCGUCGCCCACUUCGCAGCAGCUACAGCAGCAGCAGCACCAGCAGGAGGUGCAACAGCAGGGGCAGCAACAGCAGCAGCAGCAGGAGGUGCAACAGCAGGGGCAGCAACAGCAGCAGCAGCAACAACAACAACAGCAGCAGCAGCAGCAGCGCCUUUCCGUUGGUUGCUGCUGCGCUGCAUCCCUUCUCCAAUAACUGCUACAGGAGUUGCUGACGAGUGUCUCUCUCUGGGGGGGGCAGAUGGCCGCAUAAGGCUCUGUCUCCUCCCUCCCUUAAGGAGACUCCUUUCAUCUUUGCGCGAACAGCAGCAGCAGCAGCAGCAGCAGCAGAAGCGAGGGUGUAACUUGGUACAAGAAACAGCAGGAGCAGAAGCAGAGGCCUUUGGUGGGAUUCGAGUCGCAUCAGUUUUUCCUUUUUCGCUGGGCCCACUUGCAUCUCCAUCACCUGCUGUUGCUGCUGCUGCUGCUGCUGCUGCCUGCAGCAGCGUGCUGCUGCCGCUGACCCGCAACAGCAGCAGCUGCAGCAGCAUCUGGGCAGAUGCACAGCGAGACAAUGCCUUUGAAGCUGCAGAUGCUGCUGCUGCAGGCCUUGUUGUGGCUGGGGCCCACACAGGUGCUGUAAAGUUCUACUGCUGGAGACAGCAGCAGCAGCACGCUGGGUCUUCUCCAGCUGCUACACCUGCAGCAGCAGCGGCCUCUGCUGCUACUGCUGCUGCAUCUGAUGACGCUAGUUCAGCUCUGCAGCUCCAAGAGAUGGCAACUGUCUGCCUGCCGCGCUACCGCAGGGCUGCUGCGCCAGCCAGCAGCAGCAGCAACAGCAGCAGCAGCAGCAGCAGCAGGAACGCGACGAACAGAGUGAUGUGCUGCAUGUCUCUGCUGUCUCUAUCACCAACACAACACCCCGAGGCUUCUGCUGUCUUAUCUGCGGUCUGUUUGCUGGGGGAUGAACACGGGACACUGCAUGUUGUGCUCAUGCAAGUACCUGCAGCAGCAGCAGCAGCAGCACCGCAGCAGCAGCAGCAGGCACUGAGGCAGUGCUGGGACUGGGACUCCUGCCGUGUUGCAGUGCAGCAGCCUCUGGUGGAUAUACACCCCAGAAGACGCGUUUGCGCUCUUUGCUGCUGCCGGGGCUUCAUAUUCUGCUGCGGAGGUGACGGGCGAGUGCUUAUUCUUCGAGUCUCCCUCAGCAGCAGCAGCAGCAGCAGCAGCAGUAGCAGCAGUAGCAGCAGCAGCAGCGAGUUGUGGGUGCCUCAGCAAGUCCAUAUUCAGCAGCUGCAUGCACUUAGAGUGCAGCAGAUAAGCAGCUUUGUUUGUCUCCUUCCUCAGGGGGGCCUCUCGGGCCCUUGGUGGGAUCCUUGCGUCUCUUUGCUUCUGCACUUAAAGCAGCAGCACCAGCAGCAGCAGCAGCAGAAGGAGCAAUGCGAGCAGCAACUCCAGCAGCAGCAGCAGCAGCAGCAAGAAGACGGCUUUGUGCUGCUGCAGCAGCAUGCGGCAGUUGGCGUGAGAGGCAGCGACCUCGUUGCAUUCUCCUUUACUCAGGGGGCCCCCAUGCUGCAGCUGCCUUGUGGAGACAGCAAACGCUCGUUUGCUGCUGCAGGAGGGCCCCGAGGGACUGUCUCCUUUGCCUUCUCGAGAGGCCACUGCCUCUGUUUCUACAGCAACAACAGCAGCAGCAGCAGCAGCAGCAGAAGCAGCAGCAGUGGCAGCAGAAGCAGGAAGAAUGAUGCUCGUUUGCACCCGACAGAAGGAGAGGAAUUGCUGCUGCAACCGCAGCAGCAACGGCAGCAGCAGCAGCAGCGCAGCUGCGUCUCCUUCAAUCCACAUUACCCUGGGGACGAUAUUCAUGCUGUCUCCUUUCUGUCUCCUUUUGUCAUCUGUGCAGCAGCAGAGGACAAUACCCUUAGCCUCAUUCACUGCCAGCGCUCGCCAGCAGCAGCAGCAGCAACAGCAGCGGCAGCAGCAACAGCAGCAGCAGCAUGUACAGGAAACCACGAAGUGACCCACAGCCUCAGAGUCCUCUCAACCACCACGAGGCACCGCGCAGCUGUGCGAGCAGUUACGCUGCUGCAGCAGUGGCCGCCUCAGCAGCAGCAGCAACAGCAACAGCAACAGCAGCACCAGCAGCAGCAACAGCACCAGCAGCAGCAACAGCAACAAAAGCGGCAAUGCCUGCUGCCUCGUCUUCUUGUCAGCGCCGGGGCAGUGCAGACGCUGAAUCUUUAUCAGCUGUCUCUAGCAGCACCAGCAGCAGGCAGUUCUAAGGCCCCCACUGCUGAUCCUGCUGCAGUCAAGCUGCUGCACUUACACACUCUUUGCCUGGAAAACAGAGCAGCAAGAGGACCCUCAGCCAAUGCACGUUUUACUACUGCAUGCGGAUACGUCUGCAAGUCGCAGCAGCACCAACAGCAGCAGCAGCAACAGCAGCAGCAACAGGUCCAGGCCUACGAUGCAUUUGUUCUAGUUGGGGUGUCUACAGCACGUCUCUUGCUGAUCAAGUUUUGUCUGUCCACAGGCUUUGCUGCAGCAGCAGCAAGCGCCGAAGCAGCAGCAGCAGCAAGCGCCGAAGCAGCAGCAGCAGCAGCAGCAGCAGCAGCCGCUGCUGCAGAGACACUUCAAGGGGACGCGGAGACAGCACGGGCGGAGGGUAGCCCCAAAAUUGUCUCUUCAUUGAAGCUUCCAGCUGUCCCUCUUUGCUGCCAGCUGGUGCAUGUGCCCUCAGGCCCUUCAGGCACAGCAACAGCAGCAGCAAAAACAACUGCAGCAGCAGCUGCUGCUGACAGCAGCAACAGCGGCUUGAUUGUUAUGGGACUUACAGACGGCUCUGUGGCCUUUGCGCUGCUGCAGCAGGAGCAACAAGGAACGCCUGUGCUGCUGCCUGUGGGGGCCGUCAGCACUCACCAGAGAGCAGUUACAGCUGUUUGCGUAAAGCUGCUGCAGCAGCAACCCAGAGCAGCAGCAACAGCAGCAGAAGAAGGAGCAGAAGAAGCAGCAGAAGAUUCAGAGACGGAGGUCGCUCGGCUGCUCGUCUGCACCAGCGGAGACGACGAUGCAAUUGCCUUGCAAGUGCUUUCGCUCACAGCAGCACGAGCAGCAGCAGCAGCAGCAGCAGCAGCAGCAGCAGGGGGUGGCAGCAGCAGCAGGUGGCGCAUGCAACUCGUGAGCCGCGUGCUGCACCCAAAUGCUCACAGUUCUUCAGUUCGUUCUCUCGCCCUCUGUGGGCCUUUCCUCUUCAGCGUCGGCUGGGACAGGUGGCUGCAGGCGUGGAAAAUAUGCAGCAGCAGCAACAGCAGCAGCAAGGGCAGCAGCAGCAGCAGCAGUAGCAGCAGCAGCGGUUCGUGCAAUGCAGCGCGUGCUUGCAUGCUGUGUAAGGCUGCAUGUACUGUAGGGAUGCUUGGCUGCUGCUGCAGGCCCCCAAUUAGCUGCUUCGGGACCCCUGCUGCUGCUGCUGCUGCUGCAGCUGCAGGUACCUUAACUGUAGCGCAGCAGAACGCGCUCCGUCUAGACGAACAGCUGGCAGAUCUGUGGCGGUCAUAUGGGCCCUCAAUGCAGCUACACCAGCAACAGCAGCAGCAGCAGCAGCAGCAGCAGGGUCAUUCCGAGGCACAGACCUUCGUGCUGCAGCGACUCGCUGCUGUUCAAACGGGAGUCGCCGAAGCCUCCACCUUAGCUGCUGUGCCUCUUCCCAGGGCAGGGGCCCCCCUUGGGGGCCCCCCUGAAGGCCUCCUUGAGGGCUUCCUUGAGGGCCUCCCUGAGGGCCUCCCUGAGGGCCCCUUCCCGUCGCGGGUCCUUAGGGGCCCCCAAGGGGGGCCCCUAGGUGGGCCCCAGGGGGGGCCCCUAGAGGGGCCCCUAGGGGUGCCCUUAGGGUUUGCUGUGCGUCUGUGCUGCGCGGGUGCUAGCGGCGGUCUUGAGGUUUUCGAACUGCACUUGGGCCAACACCAUGGUGGCGACAGAGGCCCCAAAGCGGCUAGCUAG